AGCCUGCGCAGCUCCCGCCGGAAGCGCCCGGCCACCACACAAAAUGGCGGCGCCUACAGCUCGCUUAGCGGCGCGGCGGCUCUUCCUGCCCUGGCGUCCUCGCCUUUUGCGAUCGCCCGGCCCGGGGAACCGGUCUGUACAUGUAGGAACAGGCAGGUUCAGAGUUUCCAAGGCAGCAACAGAAGUAGUCUUAAAUGUUCCUGAAACUAGGGUGAGUCCUCUGGAAAAUGGCUUGCAAGUAGCUUCUGAAGACUCUGGACUUUCAACAUGCACAGUUGGACUUUGGAUUGAUGCUGGAAGCAGGUAUGAAAAUGAGAAGAACAAUGGAACUGCUCACUUCCUUGAGCAUAUGGCUUUCAAGGGAACAAAAAAGAGAUCUCAGUUAGACCUUGAACUAGAAAUUGAGAACAUGGGAGCUCAUCUGAAUGCCUAUACGUCCAGGGAACAAACAGUGUAUUAUGCAAAGGCUUUUUCAAAAGAUUUACCAAGAGCUGUGGAAAUUCUUGCUGACAUAAUUCAGAACAGCACCCUGGGAGAAGCAGAGAUUGAGCGUGAGCGAGGAGUUAUACUUCGAGAGAUGCAAGAGGUUGAAACCAAUUUACAGGAAGUUGUCUUUGAUUACCUUCAUGCUACAGCCUAUCAGAACACAGCCCUAGGAAGGACGAUUUUAGGACCCACGGAAAACAUCAAAUCCAUAAACCGCAAUGACUUGGUGGAGUACAUAACAACACAUUACAAAGGACCCAGAAUAGUCCUGGCUGCUGCUGGAGGGGUCUGUCACGAUGAGCUACUUGACCUUGCCAAAUGCCACUUCGGUAACUUGCCGUCUGCUCCGGAAGGAGGGCUGCCACCCCUGCCACCUUGCAGCUUCACGGGCAGCGAGAUCCGUAUAAGAGACGACAAGAUGCCCUUGGCGCACCUGGCGAUAGCCGUGGAAGCAGCUGGCUGGGCUGACCCGGACACGAUCCCCCUCAUGGUAGCAAACACCCUGAUAGGUAACUGGGACCGCUCCUUCGGAGGAGGCGUGCAGAACUUAUCCAGUAAGCUUGCUCAGACUGCCUGCCAUGGGAACUUGUGUCAUAGUUUCCAGUCCUUCAACACCUGCUACACUGAUACGGGGCUGUGGGGCCUCUACAUGGUCUGUGAGCCAUCAACUAUCCAGGACAUGGUGCACUUUGUUCAGAGAGAAUGGAUGAGACUUUGCACGAGUGUUACAGAAAAUGAAGUAGCUCGAGCAAAAAAUCUUCUAAAGACAAAUAUGCUGCUACAACUUGAUGGCUCCACCCCAAUCUGUGAAGACAUCGGAAGACAAAUGCUCUGUUAUAAGCGCAGAAUCCCAAUUCCAGAACUUGAAGCGAGGAUUGAAGCUAUUGAUGCCCAGACUAUUAGAGAAGUUUGCAAGAAGUACAUCUAUGAUAAGCAUCCUGCAGUUGCUGCUGUGGGUCCAAUUGAACAACUUCCAGAGUAUAACAAAAUCUGCAGUGGCAUGUGUUGACGUCGUGAGUAGUGAACAAGAACUUCCAGUAUGUUUGAGCUUUAAGAGAAAAAAAACACACUGCUUUUGACUUCAAAAAAUGCAUUUGAGAUUAAAACUCAAACACCAA